UAUACAAGUCAGACUGCGUGUAAGCUAAUAAAAGUUAACUGCAGAAACUGAUUGAAUACAGAGGGAGACAGACAGACAGAGGUAGACAGAUAUACAAGCAGAGAGACAGUAGCUACUUUAAAGAUUACAGACCGACAGGCCCAGAGAUACAGACAGACAGACAGACAGUGGAUACAUGCUGUAGUUCACCUUGAUGUAAACUGUUAUUGGUCACAGCAGGGGAUGUAAACAGACAGACAGACUGUAAGAGAGAGACAGAAAAUCAUCAGGCAACAGGAUGUUGUCAAAAAAAGGGGAGCAGAGGACCUUCAGCAACGGGCCACUGAGAGACCAAUGGGAGAAGAAAGCUCAGAGCAUUGCAGACCAGUGCAAGCAGGAGGCUGAAUGGAGGGAGAAGAGUUCCUUCAAAAUAACUGUCUCAAAAUGGAAUUAUCACUGGUCACUUGUUACCCCUGGAGAAUUCCAUAGGGUCACCACUGAAGCAGUUGAAGCAGAAAAAAGCAAACCGAAAAUCAAAUUCAAAAUCGUCCCCCCUCCUCCCAAACCCAAAGUGGAAGCUGCUCCUCCUCCACCUCCUCCCAGGAAAAAAGAUCCAGCCAAACCUCGUAGGCCAAAACGUAAAGUUGAAAUUGAUGUGUUCAGCCUGUGCUGGAAGGACUCCUGGCAAAGCCUGAAGCCUCCAAAGUACCUUUACCUGAAGGCCAAAGAGGUGAAAACCAGAAUCCCAGGAUUCACAACCAUAGAGCUGACUAACAGUAGGGAGUACAAGUCAGAGGGGUUCGGAGCAGAGGCUGAACAGGCAUCUCCUGCUGAUAAAUGGAGUCACUCCUGGAAACAGGUGAAGAGUCCUGCCCUGCUAGACUGCGCCGAGGAGAAACAGUUCCAGUGGGAGAUUUCGUUUGAAAGAAAAUUGAUUUGCAAACCUAAGAUAGGAAUAUAUACUCUUCCUGUCUGGGCUGGCACUUGGAAGAUCAUGAACUUUCCCUUCAGACAGGAGAAAAGGGAGUGGGAUUGCAUCUGGCCUGAUUAUGAACAAAGCAUCAGCAACAAGUUGGACAAAUUACAACAGCUAGAGGAGCAGGAGGGGCCCUCAGACUGGGAGGAUGCAUGGCAACUGCACAGGGCUGAACUUGAACCAGAAGAUACCACAGACAACGAGACAUCAGCGGCAAGCUCCUCCAGCACUGAAACCACAGCCAUGAUAAACCACGUGUUCCUGCCUGAUUGGACUGACUCCUGGCUGCUCUCUGCAGCACCUCCAGAGGAAGAAGAAGAACGUCACAAGAACUGGAGCUCCUCCUAUGAAUACAGGCAGCAGAUGAGGUGGUGCAUGGCUUCAUUGGAGUACAGUCAGCGACACAGUGCCAUGCUGACUAGAAGACGUAAAGCCUUAAACCUCCUCCUCACAUCGAAGCUGGAUGAUGAGGUCACAGAUAGCACAGAGUGGACGGAGGGCUGGAGGACUCCUAAACGAUGGAUGGAACCCGAGGAGGACGAACUAAACAAGACACAGGAGGAGGGAGAAUUGGAGGAGGAGGAUGAAGGAGUCGACAAUGAGGAGGACAUAGAGAUGGAUGAUGAGGAGGAGGAGGAUGAAGGAGUAGAUGAGAAAGACGAGAAUAAAGAUGUCAAUGAAAUAGAGGAAAAAGAAGUACACAAGGAGAAGGAAGACAAAGAAAUCAACAAGGAAGAUGAAGAAGAUAAGGAGGAUGAUGAAGGAGUGGAUGAUGAUGAUGAGGAGGAGGAGGAGGAGGAGGAGGAGGAGGAGGAGAAAGAGGAUGUAGAUGAGGAGGAGGAGGAAGAGGAGGAAGAGGAGGAUGACAAAAAUGUAAACAAAAAGAGAGACAAAGUAGACAGUGAGGUGAAGAAUGAAGAAGCAGAUGAAGAGGAAGACAGUGUAGACAAAGGGGAGGAGGAUGAAGAGGUAGAAGAAGAGGAGGAGGAAGAAGAGGACAAAGAUGAUGGAGCAGAAGAAGACCAGGGCAAAGAAGCAGACAGCAAAGAGGUGGAGGAGGAGGAGGAGGAGGAGGAGGAGGAAGCGGAGGAGGAGGAAGAAGCAGACGAGGAAGAAACUGACAAAGAAGACACUGAAGUAGAAAAGAUGACGAUCAAAGCAGAGGAGAAUAUCAACCGUGAGGAAGUAGACAAGAAAGAGGAGGGCAACAAAGUAGUGAAGAAACGAAUCAAACCCAAACUUGAUGUCCCGCUCCAUCUGCAGUUCCAUAAACUGCACGCCUCCUUCUCCUCCUGGAAGCAGUCCUGGAUGGUGGCGGUAGCUCACAGAGUAGGAGAUGAAGACGAUGAUGAUGAGUAUGAUAGGGUGGAUGUGGAGGAGUGGCUGGCUUGGAAAGAGUCAUGGAGGAUUUGUCGCUGUAAGAAGCAGGAUAAGGUGGUGUGUUUCUCCACUGAGCACCGGAGUCAAAGAUACAUGGGCCUGAUGCAUGAAGAAGAUGGUAUGCCAAAGAGUGAAUGGACUCUCAGCUGGAAGAUGAACCAGACUACAGCAAAGGAUGUAGACACUGACGAAGAAGAGGAUGAAGAAGAAGAAGAAGAAGAGGAGGAGGAGGAGGAGGAGGAGGAGGAAGAAGAAGAAGAGGAAGAGGAAAGUUGAAAUUUCCUAAUAGCUCAAAGAUUAUGAGUUAUGAAGUACAUUAAGAGUUUUUAAUAAGUUGAAGAUCAAGAUAGUUAAAAGGGCUGGGUAUAACACCUUAAUGAACUCAUGAUACUGAAUGUGUUAGAAUGUGUCCAUAGAACCAAAAGCUGGCAUUGACAGUCCUGUUGUCUCACACCCUAAGCACAUAGUUCCUGAUUUUGAUCCAAAUUCUGCAACAUUAAGAUUAUAUGAAAGCAAGGUUGUUGUACCCUCUUUACCAUGUUCUUUCACCUGCAUUCAGACUAGAGUUGGGCAAGGUAUUUAGACAUCUAUCACUUGAUAUCCCUUAGACAUAUUUAAAGAAGUCAGUCUGUUGGGGGAUCCUGGUUUUAUAGACACACAGAGAUGAGUGUCAUCAGCAUAAUGAUGGAAAGAGAUGUCAUAAUUGAAUAUGAAUCGGCCCAGAGGCCUUGAGGUACGCCAUAGUGCAUAGUGGCAGCAGAUGAUAAGAAGUUACCAAGAGUGACUCUAAACUGUCUGGCUUCACUACUUAUUCAGCAGCAAAAUAAAUACCGUUACAAAAUACAUUACUUUACUUUAGUAGCUUGGCUUCAUCAAAUGUGUCUUUAAACAACCUUAAAUCCUCCACACCAACACUUUCAUUUUUGUAUUUAACAUAUGUAAGAAAUAAAGGGCGAGACAUUGUGCUUUAACAAGCAGGAAGCCCUGCACUUUGAAGGGAUUUACUGACAAUCCACCACCAAGCUCUGUGACUGCACACAUUGCAAAAGUACCAACCUCAGCUGCAUGGUAUUACCUCCUGAUAAAGUGGUAGCUAACUGACUGAAAUGUUGGCUUGUUUACAUCCUGUAUGAUUGUCUGACUGCUAAUGUUUGCUACCCCGUUGGACCUAUUUUUAGCUAUGUUAAAAUCUCAAUUACUUGGUUGGGGUGGUGGUUAGGUCAAACAAACACAGGACUUUAACCCAGGAGACUUCUGUUUGUGUCCUGUGUGAAACCAGAAGUCAGUGUGAAGUUGUUUUAAGUUAUGUAUGUAUGUCACGUCACGUUGUCACAUCACCUUCAGGACAUAAUGUGAUGACGGCCAGCCACUAUUUUUUUCAUAAACCUAACCUAACUGGUAGAGGCACUAGUUUGUAAGACACUAUAUGAACUGUGCUAUGGGAAUACGUUGAGCCAAUAGCCAGAGCCACGAAAAUACAAUGCAAGUUGUAAUAAACUAUAGUUUCCCUCUAACAACUUGACAACAUUGACAACUUUGGAAAAUGUAAACACAGAGCUAUUUACUUAGUAAAUAGUAGGGAUGCAUGAUAUUGAUCUUUUUGCCGGUAUCCGAUACGCUGAUAUAUGACAACUCAUUAGGCCGGUAACCUAUAUCGAUAUGGAUAUACUCAUUUUAUUCCCCAUCUAAAUUUAGUGAUCUCUUCUGUAGUGGAAUUUAACAUCAUAUUAUGCAUGCAUACUGUUAUCAUGAUGGCCCACUAGCAGCAGAUGGAGACAUAAAAUACAAUAUUUUUCGAUGUAUGUAAUAUUCCUUCAUUGUAAAAAUAAUUCAAAAUAAGAAAAAGCAUGUUGGCCGAUUCUAAUAGCUCAUUUUAAAGCCAAUAUUGGCUGAUACUGAUGAAGUAUCAGAAUUAUCAACGUGUUGGCCAAUUUCAUUUUAAAGCCAAUAUCCGCAGAUACCAAUGACGUGCCGAUAUUAUCAAUAAUAUAAACCAAGAUAUCAUAUCAGCACUAUCAAUAUCCAGCUCUGAUGAUACCAGAAAGCAGAAAACAGUUAGCAUCUUUUAAAGAAAUCAAGGUCACGUCAGUUUCUUUGUUAGUUUUGUCAGUUCAGCUUUGUACAAGUCAAACUCCCAACAUUUUCCGUACUUAUAUUCCCAUGUUGAAAACACAACCUCCGAAGUUCCACUUGAAGACAGUAAUACUUCUAAGACGGUUUGAAGUAUAAAAUGACAAGCUAAGAAAAAGGAUAAGAAAAUAACAGCGCACAGAAAACAAUAUCAUUCAUGUCUCCAUGUGGACUAGUCCAUUCUGUCUCUUAUGUCAUUGUAGCUGAUUCCCCUGUCGUCUUUCACAUAAUCCUAUCCUCCAUGGCUGCUAAGCUAAUGUUUGCACUAAAGAAACACAUAGUCUGCUAAUGUUCAACAUGACUUCAAAUGUGAAUAAAGGGAUUCACAGGGUCAAUUCACAUGACCAGUGGUGGGAAGUAGUGCUGUCCAAGUGGAGCUGAUUCCAAUAAAAUGUUCCCAAAAACCACUGAGGAUGGAUUGUUAGACUAAUGUUUCUUACAAAUAACAGCGAGCAUGAUAAGGGGUUAAAUGCAGCAAAUGCUAACAUUAGGUAGUGACAGCCCGGGAAUAUGAAGCACUUUAGAGAUGGCAGACAUUAAGAAGGAAUGUGUCUAAAUAUAUAGAAAGUUUAAUGUCAUAAAAUGUUGUGUUCAGCCAUAUACUGUAGAUGUGAAAGACGAUGCAGAUAUGGGUCUUACCAGUUUGUAUAAAGCUGUGUAUCUGUACUGCAUUGUUGUAAGAAGAUAAUGUAUAAAUAUUAAACUGCACUUAUUAAAGUUGUGAAUUUUUCAAACAAAAGUCUGGUAGCCAAAUGUUUAAAGGAACAGUUCAUAUUUUUCCUCCUACCUGUAGUGCUGUCUAUCAGGGAACUGCCAAUUGUUCCAUUGGUCCAUUAGUCUGAAGCCCCAAUGGUUCGAAAAAUGUCCCAUUGGACUGAAAGUCCAUUUGCACAACAGCCUGUUAUCCUUAAAACUAUUGUUCCAAUAGGCACUCUCCCAAACAGUCAGGAGCACAUGGUGAUUUAUCAUGCAGAGUGACAUCAUUUCACCUCCCUGGUUGGCUAGUGCAUGUUCCCUUUGUUGGUUAGGUUGGUUGAAUUUAGGCAUUAAGAGUUAGACUAGUUAAGGUUAAGAUAAAUAUAUCAGGGUAAGCCAAUCUGAUGACAUAAUUCUGCGUAAUUUUGGAGAAAUGGCACUUUCAGAGCAAUGGGCAUUUGUUUACCUGGAUAAAAAUGGGACUUUUUUUGGACAAUUGAGACCUUGGAUUUAUGGGCCAUCAGAACAAUGGCAUGGCACCAUUUAUCAGUCUAGAUUGUUUUGGUUUUAGUUGCUGAGUGUUGGAGAUAUCAGACGUAGAGAUGUCUGCCUUCUCUCCAAUAUAAUGGAAGAUGGCACUCAGCCUGUGGUGCUCACAUCGCCCAAAAAAAGAAAAAGAAAAAAAAAGAAUAGAAAAUAAAAACAUUUAAAACUCAAUCAUAAACUGCUCACAGCAAGGUCUGUGGAUUAUCUUGAGUAACCAGGUCAUGAUUUCUGGAAAGAGACAUUGAGUUUUUUCAAUGUUUUUCCUUUGCACCACAAGCUGAGUGCAAUCUUGUUCCAUUGUAUUGGAUAGAAGAUAUCUCUACGGUGGACAUUGCCAAAAUUCUGUACCUCACACCAAAACUAUUUAGUCUGAGAGACAGCGCUAUAAGAGGGAAAAUAUGUAUUUUUUAUUUUGGGUGAACUGUCCCUUUAACAAUGCAUAAAGUUGUUUUAAAGAAACAGUUCAACAUUUUGGAUGAUAGACUCUUUAACUUUCUGUCUGAGUUUGCAAGAUUGAUUUCAAUCUCAUGUCUGUGCAUUAAGUAUGGAGCUGCAGGCAGGUUGCGGUAAGCCUGGUUAAAUGUCCCAAGAUAAAAAAUACACCUUCUAUUUCUUGACAGACAACAGCCAAGUGCAGUGACUGUAUGCAGCUUCUUGGAGUCUCCAUUACUCAUUUGAAAAAGUAAUUUUAGGUAUUAUACCAGGCAUGCCAGUACAGAGAUCAAAUACUGUGCUCACCAGCUCUAUCUGGACACCAGCGCUGUAGCUGAAUGCUGCACAGAAGUAGAGGGAAGAUGGAUACACUGUUUUUCCUUAAUAAAUGGUUCCAGCAUGUAACUCCCCCUAAAACCACAAACUGUUUGGUGAGAAUUAUAUAAACAAGAUAAAGCAUGUUGUGACAAAUGUGAGAGGUGGGUAGUUGGUGCUUCAUUUUGUGACUGUAACAAACACUGGAGCCCCUAUGGCAUGCUAGCAGGGCCCCUAAUUUCUUCAAACUAAAGCUAAGAGGUUCUAAAUUAAGUUAUUCUAUGCUGAAUUAUAUUUGGAAACAAUGGGUAAAUAAAAUCUAGACUGAAAAUCGA